AUGUUGUCUGGUGGACGCCGCUUGGCCUUGCGGGGCGUUCCUCCAGCCGCCGUGUUUUGCCCAGGGCUUCGUGUAUUUCCGACCGCUGGGUUUAGCUCUGGAGCUGCGAAGGUGAGACGAGAGAAAGACACCUUUGGCGACAUCGAUGUGCCUGCAGAGAAAUAUUGGGGUGCCCAAACUCAGCGAUCACUCCAGAACUUUGAAAUCGGUGGAGAUCGCGAGAGGAUGCCUCCGCAAGUGAUCGAGGCAAUGGCUGCCCUCAAGCAGGCAGCCGCAGAGGUCAACAAAGACUUCGGGCUUUCAAAGGAUGUUGCUGAUGCUAUCAUCCAGGCUGCUGACGAGGUUCGCCAGGGCAAGCUACACGACCAUUUCCCUCUCGUCGUGUGGCAGACGGGCAGUGGUACACAGACAAACAUGAACACCAACGAAGUCAUCAGCAACCGUGCCAUUGAGAUUUUGGGUGGGGAGCUUGGCAGCAAGUCGCCGGUGCAUCCCAACGACCAUGUCAACCGCAGCCAAUCUUCCAAUGACACCUUUCCAACUGCUAUGCACAUUGCGGCGGUGCUGGCACUUCAGCAGCGCACAUUGCCUGGACUGCGCCGCUUGCAUAAGACUUUGAAGCGCCAAGCCAAAGAGUAUGACGACAUCAUCAAGAUCGGACGUACGCACACACAGGACGCAACGCCUCUGACACUGGGCCAGGAAUUCAGCGGCUAUGCAACGCAAGUGGAGUAUAGCAUUGCCCGAGUGGAGGCUGCUUUGCCGCGACUCCGCCAACUUGCCCUGGGUGGCACUGCCGUGGGCACGGGCCUCAACACCUAUAUUGGCUUUGCGGAGCGUGUUGCCAAGGAGAUUGGCCGUAUCACUGGCGAGGAGUUCGUGUCGGCACCCAACAAGUUCGAGGCUUUGGCUGCUCAUGAU